GAGCCGAAAUAUUCUCUUAUACUCGAAAACCCAAUCUUCACAUUCUCGUACAAUCAUCAUCUACACCCAAAAAGAAAAAGGAAAAAAAAAUCAAUGGCUGAGGAGUUUCAUCUUCCUCUAAACCUCACCGAACCAGACCAAACUCCGACCGAAGAAGAUUUCGAAGCAGACACUACAUUAAUUGACGACGAAUACCUCCGUUACCUCCACUACUUGGAUUCACGGAGCAAUCAUGGAGUCAACACGUUUGGAUCUUACGAUGAAAUCUUUGGUCUAGUUCUCGGUAAUUCAUCCUCUUGUACGCGGUGGCUUAACGCAGGGGAGGAACUUCCGGUGGUGGAGUUUACGGCUGAGGAAAUGAUGGAGAGAGGUUUAGUGGUUUGUGCUAUAUGUAGAGAGGAGCUUGCUGCUAAUGAGAGGCUCUCAGAGCUUCCUUGUCGGCAUUAUUACCAUAAAGAGUGUAUCUCGAAUUGGUUGAGUAAUCGGAACACUUGUCCGCUUUGUCGUCAUAACGUGGAAUUACCCAACCACGGUUGAGAUUGUGCAUGUAGUAUUUUCUUAUUGUUCCGACCAAACUGUAUCCGGAGCCUAAGAGUUUUAUUUUUGGUAAAUAUUAUUGUUAAUUAGUAACUACUGUAUCUAGGUUUUGUUUUCUUGAAUAUGUGUAUAGGUUCCUUGUCAAUUAUAGUCUAUCUUUUGCAUAGGUUUCUUCAAUCUAUAUGUCACCACUAUUAGAUUACUCAAUUCUUAUAUUGUCUUAAUUAAGUCAGAC